ACAUCGUAUUACAGACUGUCUGGGACAUUUCUAUCAAAUUAUCCAGGUGACCUAUCAGAGCAUGUGGCCUGUUAAAAGCCUUACUCUGCCCCUACUCGCUCCGGCUCUCCUCGUUCAGUUUCAACAUCGAAUGAAAUUGCGUUGAAGUUACACAGAAUCUAGGGUUUGAUUCGAUAUUUCAUUUCUUUACCUUUAGAUAUUCUUCUAAUCUUGAGAAAUUCAGGUAGGGAGUCUGGUCUCCGAUGACAUCAACUUCCUCAGCCCAUUACGGAGCCAUCCCCUCCCCCAACACCGGCUUCGCCACACGCGCCAUCGCUAAUACCAGCUCCUUCUUCGCCACUCGCCGCCCAUGGACCGAAUUCUUCAAUCUAUCCUCCUUUACGCGCCCUUACUCUGUCGGCGAGGCCACCAUACGAUUAAAACGGAAUCUCAACUACUUCCGCGUGAACUACGCCCUGAUAAUCCUCGGCAUCCUCUUCCUUAGCCUCCUUUGGCACCCGGUCUCCUUGAUCGUCUACAUCAUCAUCUUCGUCGCUUGGUUCUUCCUCUACUUUUUCCGUGAGGGACCUCUUGUCAUCGUUGGCCGCACUGUCGACGAUCGCAUCGUGCUCGGCGUGCUUGCGGUGGUGACUAUUGUGGCCCUGGUGUUAACGAGCGUUUGGCUUAAUGUGCUGGUUUCCAUACUCAUUGGGGCUUUUCUUGUCGUAUUACACGCUGCGUUUAGAGGUACGGAGGAUUUGUACAUGGACGACGCGGAGGGGGGUGAUGGAGGUUUGCUCUCGGUUGUGGGAAGCCCUACACCUGCCCGAUACUCCCGCGUUUAGUUGAAUCAUGAAGCGAGCUUGUUGAUGCCGGAUUUGGAUUUCGUGUUAGAGCAAGUAGUUCAGGCAUUUGAGUGAUGCAUUUGAAGGAUCUACUUGAGUAGUUGCAGCAAUUCCACUGGUUAGAUAAGAUCCUCUAUAUCUCUAAUUCACAUUUUCCCUUCUUUUUUUGGCAAAUAAUUUUGAUUUGCUUACACUUUGAGCCUUCUUUUAUUUUCUCAAAUAUGUUUGUACAAGUGAUAGUGAGAACUGAAUCCAUACACGUUCUAGUUUAUGGAUGAGUACCUUGUUCAUGAAAUGGCAAUUUGAGACUCAAUCACAUUGUUAUUUUAUUUUACCCUA